UUAAAUUUAACAUUAUAAUAUUACAAAAUGAAAUCCCUAGUGUAAGAGCUGCAGAAAUUAUCUAGACUUCUUAUCAUCGGUCAACGGAAUCAAAUUAAAGGGUGAUGAAAUAAUGAAAGGCCAUUUGUGGCGAAGUUGUGGUCAAUCUUCUCCAAAGGCACUUUGCUUAUCUCUGAAGACAACCGAGGUAUAGGCAUGGGUGGUGAUACAAUCUCAAUCACUCCUGAGGAAUCUCGUGUUUCCCCUCUAUUGCCAUCAUCUCAAGCCCCUUCUUUCCUCAGCAUGAAGUUUUGUAAAGGAACACUUGUGAAUGAUGAGGAUGGGGCCGUGUUUGGGGAAUUCCCGCAAGAAACUGGUCAACUAUCUCCAGCUUCCUUGGACUUUGAAGCAGAACAGAGGAGGAGAAGUUACACACAAGUCUUGCACAGUUAUGAUGAGUUGCGUACUCGUCUUGGGAGUUUGAGUGAUGCGAAGAACAAAAUUUUGAGCUAUGUCCCUGGAGGAUGGAUUGAGAAUGCUGGGGGCAAAAGAUUGAGUGAUUAUGAUGUCCCAGAGACAAUAUCACUUAUUUUAAUUGGUCCUAAAGGUUCUGGAAAGAGCAGUCUGGUCAAUAGAAUUUCAAAGGUGUUCGAAGAUGACAAGUUUGCAUCAGAACGAGCCCAAGUAACAUAUAAUUCAUCUGUCGGAGAUGGAACCUACUUCCUUCAGGAAUAUAUGAUACCGAGGGAUUCAAAUUCUUUUUGUCUUUAUGAUACCCGCAGUUUGUCUGAUGACUCAUAUGAUAAUAUUAAUAUGAUAAAGCAUUGGAUUACCAAAGGAGUUCGUCACGGGGAACUUGUUAUCAGGAAAUCCGAUGAUUUAAAUUUAAGGAGCAGAAUGAAGUGCAAAGCUCGCAAUAAUGGUUGUCAUCCCGGUGAGGCCAAGAUGGUUAAUUUUUGCAUAUUUGUUGUUGAUGGACUUGCAGUUCUGAAAUCCAUGGAAGAUGAUGGUGAUGCAGAGAAGCAAUAUAACCAAAUAAUUAAAACAGCUUUCAACUGUCCCUACUUGUCAUUCAAAGAUGAUAAACCUGUUGUUGUAGUGACACAUGGUGAUUUACUUUCACUCACUGAUCGAGCUCGCAUCCGCAUUUAUCUAGGGGAGCUGCUGGGUGUACCACCUGUGAAACAAAUUUUUGACAUUCCAGAAAAUGAUGAUCCAGAAAAUGAGUUGGUAAUAGUUGAUAUGUUGCUCUACUGCCUUGAACAUGCUGAUAAAAAUCUUCCCCAUAAAAACUCUGCCAGGAACAAGGUUUUUCAUCUUUCUAUAUUGUCAUGGAAACAAGUUUUAAUAAUAGUGUUGGGGAUUGUCAUAUUAUCAUUCAAGCUACAACACCUGCCUAUUCAUCGUGCCCCAAAAUCAAAUCCUCAUUUGGAGUGGCGUACCAUCAGGCAUUUGUGGUUAGGAUAGGAUUACUGGCUUAUGCAUCUGGUAUCUACUGCUCCAUGUAAAUAAAUCCGACUGACUUGAAAGUGCCUUUAUUUCAAUAAGUGCAUGUUACCUGUAUGAAUUCCGAAUAAUCUUUUUCUUUUUAUAUAUAGACAUGAUCUUUAUAGCA